AUGGCGAUGAAAAAUCUUCAUCAAUGCUCUGGAUGGACAAAAUGGACUGAAUGUGGCGUAAAAAUUUUAAAUCAUUUUGGAAUUCGAAAUCGAAGUAGAGAGUGCAUUCGUGAAACAAGUGAAAAUGGCAAAAUAUCAGAGGUGGAAACAGACCUCGGCUUGUGUGAAGGAGUGUGUCCGAAUACCUAUAAUCUGACUUCAAAUAGAUUCUGUAUUAAGCUUCAAGUUACAUAUAAAAAUCACGACGAUGCAGAAGCUGAAUGCAAUGAAGAUGGUGGACAUUUGAUCAACAUCAACUCAGACUUAAAGUAUGCUGAUGUCAAGACCGUGUUGAGCGGUUUUUCUGUAAUUGAUAUUAUCAUUGGAGGCCGACGCAAGAGUUCUACGUCACCGUGGGAAUAUACAUAUGGAACAAAUAGCGGAUACUUUAAAUGGUAUCCCGGCUAUCCAAAAUCUGAAAGUUCAAGAUUGUGCCUAGCAUUAGAAAGGUUUCAAUGGUUUAACUUAUCCUGUAACAGUAAAUUCCCUUUUCUAUGUGAAAUACCUCAGUAA